AUGGAUACAACAUCUAUCGAUUCAUUUGGCUCAUUCGGAACCGCAUCGAUCGAUGAAGACAAAUUGCGCGAAACUUUUCAGAAAGCCUUACUAUCUGCUAAAAAGGAAGCAUGGAAUGAAAGCUUUUCGCAAUUAACUGAAAUAAUAAAUAUUGGAACUACUGACAUUCCAUUUCUAUCAAAAGUUUACAUGUGGUGCGGAUUAAUUGCAAUGAAAAUGGACCAAAUCGAUAUUGCUUAUGACUUUUUUCAACACGAACUGGAUGCUCAAAAAUUAUUGAAUAAUUUGGAGGGCGCAGCACAGGCUUACAAACGAAUCAUCGAACUUCGAGUAAAGUCGGGAAAUUUUAACCGAGCGAAGUCGCUUGGGCUCGAAUUAAUUGGUUUAGCCCAAGAUAAAAAUGACAAGGAAGUUGUUCUUGAUGCAAGACUUACACUUAUUGAUAUUUACAUCAAAGAAACUGAAAAAACUGAAAAUGAUGAAGAAAAGAAAUCGAUUUUUGAAGAAGCGAAAAAUCAAUUAAGGUUAUGCGCUGCGGAAUCGGAAUCAAGUAAUCCAUUAGUUCUGAUGCGAGAAGCCAAAAUUGAAGCGAUGACAGGAAAUGAUUCGAAUGCGGAGACGUUGUAUAUCCAGUGUAUUAAUAUUUUUAACAAAAUGAAAAACUUGGAAAAAAUCCACGAGUGCCACUUCGAGAUCGGCAACAUGCACAGUGGAAAGUUUCUUUUGCCGGCGAUUGAACGGUUAAAGACCGCGCUUUAUUACGCGAAAAAGUGCAACAACAAAAACAAGACAAUCGAAUAUACGAUUGGAGUUUCUGAGCUGCUUUCGAGAGGGAAUCGAUACGAUGAAGCUUUUUCGAAUGCUUUGGAUGCCCUUCGCUUAUCAAGGGAUUACUCGGACCAAUAUUCGAUAUAUUCAAUUAUUGCUGCCGCUGAUGCUCUUAUUGGUUUAAAACUCUACGAAAAAGUUGCCUACUUUAUUGUCAUUGGAAGUCUUUUGGCCAAAGUGACUGAUAAUGCGAAGUUAUUCGAAAAGCUCUACAAGAAAAUUGACGCCGCGACGAUACAAAUGAGGAAUGAACUAGCUGAAAAUGAGAAAGUUGAGCUGCAUUUGGAUGGAUCAGACGAUUGGAUGCCGUUUGAGGAUGUUGGUACCGUUAUCCGAUUGGAGCAUGUGACAACGCUGGAAACAUGGAGACAGACGAUAACGGGAAUCAUGGAAAAGAAGAAAAAGGCAGCUGAGCCUGCUCCAGAGCAGAGUGAAGACGACUUUUUCAAUCUUAUUAUGAAAUUGAAUUCGAGAAUGGAAACACAACGAGCAGAAUUGCCACAGAUUAAUUUCAGUCGACCGGUGACAAGGCCUCAAUCAUCACUGUCGAAGCAGAAGAGCAGUCGAAUUUUGCCUGGACUACGCGCAAGUGUGGCAAAGUUUAAAGAUUUGAAAGUUGACGCGAAGACGCUUAAGGGCUACUUAAAGAAGCGAGGAAAAGCGAAAAGUAAAGUAUCGCUGAAUUCGGAUUCAUUAUCCCAAGAUAUUGCAGAAGAUUCAUCAGUUGCAGAAACAAUUUGCUCAGCCGGUGACGUCGCUUCUUGCGAUAGCAUUUCGCUUAACAAGGAGAACAUCGAGAAUCGCGAACCUUCGACCUCAGGCCCGUCGCAACGCUGA